AUGGCUACUAUGGAUUAUUUCAAAAACUAUUUUACUGUUCUUCAAAAGUUUAUGGUUAUUCUUGUGACAAGUUGUACGCGUGAAAGGUCAUUUUCAAAACUAUCACUUGUUAAAUUAAAUUUACGAACAACAACGGUCCAACAAAGAUUGAACGCUCUAAUGGUUUUAACCGUAGAACAAGAGUUAACGGUUGAUAUAGAUACUGUAGCUGUUAUUGAAGAUUUUAAAUCUAAUGUAGAAAGUAAUGGACGGUUGUUAUUGUAAUGUUCAAACUAAUAAAUUAUUAUUAAAAGGACGCUAUACUCGUAUAUGUUGUCUCAGUCCAACUAACGGGCAAUAUAGCAAAUUCUACAUUACGCAGUCUACGUAGAAUUCUGUUAAUUUUGGUUUUAAAGUAAAAGCGCCUUUUACAAAAUAAAAAGAGGAAAAUAUUCCGGUGGGAAUUGCGUUUUCCCUGUUGUUCUAAUUAUUAUUCCGGAUUUAACGUUCAAUAUAUUGUUUAAUAAUAAAAACUGAUUUAUUCGUUUUUAAAUUGUUGGAACGUGUUAUGAACCCCUGGUAUAUUAGUUAGGUUCAAGGACCAAUGGUUAGUAAUAAGAAUAUUGUGUAAACGAUAGUUUAUAUAUAUUGUACAGGCAAAAAAGAAUGCGCUGAGUUAACCCUUUUUGCCUAUCCGGCGGUUCGUACGACGUCAAGAACGACGUACGACGGCAGUCGGGAUACAGCAGAGCAUUCGGCAGAACCUCCGUAA